AUGUCCAGUUUAACCCUACAAACCCCAAAAUCAAACUAUAUUCGAAUUGAAAUAUAUAUACCAGAUUACAUUAAACAAUGUAAAAUAGCCGAUAAGAAUUUCGUCAACUGCUCCACCCAGAGCAUCCAGCAGCUUUUCGACAAACUGAACGACGGCAUUCCGGGUCUGACAAGUAUCAAAAGCUUUGAUCCAUUCCACUUGAAUCGCAUCAGAAUAUCCCAGGGCAACAGCAAUGCGAUUAAUCUUAAAGUCGAGCUGGCCAACGUGAAAAUCAUUGGAUUUGGUCACACCAAUGUUAUGGAGAGUCUUGUUUUCAAAAAGGAUUACAGCUGGAAGACAACCUUCACGUUGCCAGUGAUGAAGCUCCAAGGUGAUUACAGUUUAUUUGGGCGCAUUCUCCUCAUACCUCUGAAUGGGCGUGGUCAGGUGUUUCUGGACGCAGACAACAUGACUGUCAUCAUGCACACAAAGACGCGGUUGUAUGAAAAGGGCGGCUUCACAUUUUACAAUGUGACCAGCUGUCGCGUUGACUUCAAAAUUGAUGGCCUUAAGUCCUAUUUCUCAAAUUUGUUCAACGGCAACAAGCAACUAGAGGAAAGCACCAACAAGUUCUUCAAUGAUAACUGGCGCAUGCUGGCCGAUGCUCUCUAUACAGUGAUCACACAGACCAUCGAGGAUAUUCUGCUGGACGUUCUGAAAAAGAUAUUCCACUUCAUUCCGGCGAAUUACUUUGUUAGCGAUAUUCCAACGCCGGAACAACUUUAUGGAAAAACGAAGGCAAAGCCGAAGCCAAAGUAA